AUGACUGCUCAGACCCAGGAAGAGCUCCUCGCGGCCCAUCUCGAACAGCAAGCCAUCGAUCCUGAUCAGCCAACAGUUGAAGAGGAAGAUGACGAGGAUGACGACGAUGAAGAUGAUGAUGAUGACAAGGACGAUGAUGAAGCUGAGGGACAACAAGAUGGAGAGGCAAGUGGGAGGUCAAAGCAAAGCAGAAGUGAAAAGAAAAGCCGCAAAGCAAUGUUGAAGCUUGGAAUGAAGCCCAUUCCAGGUGUUAGCCGGGUUACAGUAAAAAAGAGCAAGAAUAUCUUGUUUGUGAUAUCCAAACCGGAUGUUUUCAAGAGUCCAACUUCAGACACAUAUGUUAUCUUUGGUGAGGCAAAGAUUGAGGACUUGAGUUCGCAACUACAGACUCAGGCUGCUGAGCAGUUUAAGGCUCCUGAUCUCAGUCAUGUGAUCUCCAAACCUGAGACCUCAACCCUUGCUCGGGAUGAUGAAGAUGUAGAUGAGACUGGGGUGGAACCCAAGGACAUUGAGUUGGUGAUGACACAGGCAGGAGUAUCAAGAUCAAAGGCUGUAAAAGCACUGAAGGCUGCAGAUGGAGACAUAGUUUCUGCAAUUAUGGAGCUUACCAACUGA